CCGCGCUCCGUAGCAUCAGUCCAGUAACGGACGGGUGACCAAGUCGCCAACCAGGACCAGCGCGGCGCCCGCCAUGGCCGUCGUCGCCCCCGCGCAGGCCGCCUCCGGCUCCACCGCCGGCGCGCCGCAUGUGCUGGUGGUCCCGUACCCCGCGCAGGGCCACAUGCAGCCGCUCCUGCACCUCGCCUCGCUCCUCGCCGCUCGGGGCCUCCGCCUCACCGUCGUCGUCCCCACGCCCGCCACGGCUCGCCUCCUCGCGCCGCUCCUCGCCGAGCACCCUUCCUCGGUGCGGCCGCUCGCAUUCCCUUCCGCCGCCGACCACGAUACCUCGGGCCCGACCUCCGUCGGCGCCGACUUCCACGCGCACGCCGCGGCGCUCCGCGGCCCCCUCGGCGAGUGGCUGCGGUCCCGAGCCGCCCGUCCAGACUCCGGCGACGGGGAAACCGGCCGCGUCGUGGCGGUGAUCUCGGACUUCUUCUGCGGGUGGACGCAGCCGCUGGCGGCGGAGGCGGGCGUGCCGCGGCUGGUGUUCGCGCCGUCCGGCGUGCUCGCCACCGCCGCCACGCACUCGCUGUUCCGACGCAUGCCGAGGCCACCGGUCGGCGACCCGGGGCGUGGGUACGCCGUCUCGUUCCCGGCUCUGCCCGGCGCGCCGGCCUUCCCUUGGCGGCAGAUCUCGCGGAUGUACAGGACCUACGUGGAGGGCGGCGGCGGUGAGCACUCCGAGGCGAUUAAGGACAACUACCUCUGGAACCUGGAGAGCGCGGCGUUCGUGUGCAACACCUGCCACCCUAUCGAGGGGAAGUACCUGGACGCGCAGCCGCUCGAGGACCUGGCUGGCAAGCGCGCCUGGGCGGUGGGAUCGGUGGCCCCGCCGCCGGAGAGCAAAGGCGAAGACGACCCCGCCAGCGACGUCACCGCGUGGCUGGACGCGUUCCCGGACUCGUCGGUGGCGUACGUGGGCUUCGGGACCAUGAUGGUGCCGCCGCCGCCGCACGCGGCGGCGCUCGCGUCCGCGCUGGAGCGGAGCGGCACGCCGUUCGUCUGGGCCGCCGCGGCGACCACGCUCCCGGACGAGUUCGAGGAGCGCGCGGCCGCGGCCGGCACGGGGCUGGUGCUCCGCGGGUGGGCGCCGCAGGUGGCCGCGCUCCGGCACCGCGCGGUGGGCUGCUUCGUGACCCACUGCGGGUGGAACUCGGUCAUGGAGUCCAGCGCCGCCGGGGUGCCGAUGCUGGCGUGGCCGAUGGCCGCCGACCAGUUCUUCAACGCGCGGCUGGUCGUGGAGGAGGCGUGCGUGGCCGUGGCCGCGAGCUGGGGCGGCUUCGGGGUUGUACCGGACGCGGAGGACCUCGCGCGCGCAUUGACCGAGGUCCUCGGGGAGGCUGGCGCCGGCAUGAGGGCGCGCGCCAAGGAGCUCGCUUUGAUGGUGGCGGAGGCGGUGGGAGAAGGCGGCAGCUCGCGGCGGGAGCUGGAUGGGCUGGUGGAGGAGCUACGGGAACUUGGAAGCUUGGGAUAAGACAAGGCACCAUGAUCGAAGGUCAAGCUCGAACUCUCUGCGCAAGACAAACAAGAAAACAAAUAAGUUCAGCAAAUAAUCUUUUUACUGCUGAAUCAUGUUUAACAAACUCCUUGUGUACCCUGCUGCUGCAAUUCAGUUCGGUUGAACUCAGUAUUCAGAACAUAUUGAAAUCCUAUUUGCCUUGAUGA